AAAAGGGGAAUUUCUAGGGGGCGGUGUAUGUGAGAUGCUUCUGCGCCAGGGAAGCACACUGCUGCCUGCCUGCUUGUCAAGGGUAAGGGGCUCUCAGACUGCUGGUCCUAGCAGCGGACAGAACCGCACGGUAUUAUGCGUUGACCUUGCUGCUUCCCUACAGAACCAUGUAGUUGCACAAGUUAAAGAACCCUUUGCACUCUGGAAUACAUUCUUCCAUGCAGACACUACUGUAUAUGUCAGAAAUGUCAUUAUCUUCAAUCAGUCGGCGGGACCUACCCGCGACCUACCAGAUAGUGAAGACAAGCACAGAACCUGUCUACAAGUCUACCUACUUACCCACUGGCUGUCCUGUCUUCAUAAAACUUUUGCCUUUGGCCAAACAAAAUAAAAGGGACCGUCAAACAAUUCUCCGUGCUGUGGAAUAUGCAAGCAGAAGGAGAUCUGAACGACUUGCAGAAAUUGUUGGGCUAUUUUGGCCUCCAAAUGCGAUUGGAAUUGUGACAGUAUGGAUGUCGAAUGAGUCACUACACUCUCUUCUUUACCAGCGGGAUCUGUACCCUACUCUUCCACUGAGUAUUAGAAUCAGAAUCCUUGCAGAUGUUGCUGCAGGGUUGUCCUUUUUGCACAACCAGCAACAUCCCAUAAUGUUCCAGAGGCUGAAACCCUGCAACAUAUUAUUGGAUGCUCAAUACCGGGUAAAGCUCUCAGAUUUCUGGCUAUCGAACUUCCAGAAAGUCAGUUUUUCCAAGGAAGAGGAGGAAAAUACUUCUGUGAUAUAUCUUUCACCUCAAAGACUGAAAAACAAUGUUCUAAGCACAGCAGAUGACAUAUACAGUUUUGGAAUUACUGUGCAUGAAACUCUUAGCCGGAAACAACCAUUUAAGGAAAAUAACCCUUUGAAGCUGGAGACUGAAAUCACUAGCGGCAUCAGACCACAACCAAACAUUGAGGUUAUCCUAGAAGAGACAAGUCUCCAACAAAGUCAACGUGCAAACCUGAGUCAACUCACAAACUUGUGCUGGCAUCAGAACCCUUUUAUGAGACCAACAGCAGAUGAGUGUUUGACUCGCCUAAAUGAAGUCCUGCAAAAAUUUUCAAAAGAAGAGAUUCAACGUGACAUUGACACCUUGAAUACAGGAAAGGAGAGGGCAGUGCAGCAGCCCCAGGAACACAUCAUGGAAUGUGACAUUGAGUAUUUAAAUGAGUGUUGGUUGAGUAGGAGCCAUAUGAGUAGAGCACAGAGCAUGCCUGAAGAGAGCACUGAAGAAGAUUUGUCAUGUCCCGAGGCAAGGAAACAGAAGAGAAGUGCUAGCCUGCCAGUUUCAGGUUCCAAGAUCAAUAUUCACGUUCCUACCACAUGUCCUGAACAAAUGAGGAGGGCAGCCAGGAAUUGUGGGGUUAGCCACAUGCACAGAAAUGGAGCAGAUUGUCAUUCCUCUCCACAUCUGGUCUGGGCUCAAAACUAUACUGAAACCCUGAAAAAGAACAGGGAAACUAUUCUGAAAAGAGUGUCAGAAGGACAUCUUAACCACCUCAUCGAUAUCAUGAGAUCCAAAUUUGUGCUGUCUCGAGAUGAUUCUGAGAAUAUCAAUGCAGAGAGAACAUUAAAGGAGAGAACACGGAAAUGCUUAGACACCUGCUCUGAAAAGGGUGAAGAAGCAUCCAGAAUGUUUUUGGAUGGUUUGCGUUCACGAAAUGCUGUUUAUAUGCACCCAUGAAAUCCAACAUGAAUAUGACAACCCAAAAAACUGACAAGACACUAUGGGAUCGACAAGUUUCUGCUUUCGGUGACCAUACUGUAAAUUCUACGUAACAUUGGGUAGUUUUGAUGUCUCUAAUUUAUGAAAGGCCUCAUGCACAAGACCAUAUGUACAUCUUGGGAGUCGUAGGUUUACCAUAGCUAGAGUGCUGGAGGCUCGCCAUCACAGUUCUAGGUGAAUGAAAAUCUAAACGUGUUAUCUGGCAGGU